UCUUUGUGUGGUUCGAAACAAACUGAAUGAAAACUUAAGCCCUUUGGCUUGAACAUCAGCAAAGGAUUUCAUUAUUUUCCAGUAUAUGAAGCUUUUUUUAAAUGUUAUUUUGAAAAACUCUUGAAGGACUUCAACCAUAUAGUUAAUUGCAUUUAAUUCUAAUGACAAAUAUUUGUGAACAAAAUAUUUGGAUAAUUUCUGAGUAGGAAAUCUGCAAGCCUUACAAACAAGAAGACUGAUCAUUCUUCACUGCCUCUUUUCACUGUUUGUGGCGCAGGAGAAAUUGUCACCAACAUCGAGUGCACAAAACUACCAUGACGAAUUCAACUGAAAUACUGUUUGUUCUACAAGGACUGAAUGACACGAUGUCAAACAAACGCAUAUACUUUGUUGUCACUUUUUUCGUUUAUCUUUUUACUAUUUUAGUGAACCUGACUUUGACCGUGACCAUUAUUUUGGACAAAACGCUCCAUGAGCCCAUGCUUAUAUUUCUCUGUAACUUGUGUGUAAAUGGGAUAUGUGGUGCCUCUACAUUUUAUCCAAAAAUAUUGCUGGACCUUUCAUCUGAAUUGAGUGUCACUCCGUAUAAAGCUUGUCUCGCUCAAAUAUUUUUAAUAUACUGCUGCGUAUUCUGCGAGUUCAAUACGCUAACAGUGAUGGCUUAUGACAGGUAUGUCGCGAUAUGCAAGCCGCUCAGUUACCACUCCAUCAUCACGCCUCGGAAGAUUGUGAAACUCCUGCUUUUGACCUGGCUUUUUGCCAUCUGUGAACCUGCUAUUGUCGUGAUCCUUACAGCCAGACUGCCCCUGUGCGGAAACAAAAUUGAAAGGAUUUACUGCACAUGCUGGGCCGUGGCGAAGCUGUCAUGCGUGGACACCACCAUUAACAACAUAUACGGCUACAGUCUCAUGAUUUUUCACAUUGCACAAGCAUCGCUGAUCUUGAUUUCCUAUGUCAAUAUCAUAAAAGCCUCUGUGCGAUCAGCGGAAGAUCGGAGUAAGUUCAUGCAGACUUGUUUGCCCCAUUUAAUCGCAGUGACCAGCUUCUUGAUCGCAUUUCUUUUUGACCUCCUGUACGCUCGCUACGGUCCCACUGAUCGUCUGCACGAACUUCGUAGUAUCAUGUCCCUGGAAUACCUCAUUAUUCCACCGCUUCUAAAUCCCCUCAUCUAUGGCCUGAGACUGAACCAGAUCCGCCGGAGAAUCUUUAGAAUUUGCAGCCAGAAAGUACGUGCUCUAAAGUGAAUAUUGUGUCAAGUUUGCUGUCCAGGCAGGAAAUGAUAGAUUUUCUUUUUUAAUCUGUGAUUGAUUGAAUUUAACAUUUAGAGCUGAUAUAUAGGCAUUUGAAUUGUUAUCAGUUCAGUUGUCUCAUUUACUACCUAAAUUUUCUUCAAGAUUUUGUUUGCAAACCCUGUAUAGUCUAAUUUAAUUCUCUCGCACCCAUACAGGUAGGCCUACUGUAGGUGCCUGGCACACAGUAGCGUACACAAGUUUAGUCCUCACAGUGAAACUGCUUCAUAAUUAAAAACCAACCCCUGUGGUUUGUCUGGUCUUCAAAGCACAGAUAUAUUGCUUAUGUGCACACCUUCCAAAGGCAAGGAUAUGCAACUGAUUUGAAUGAGGAAAUAUGCGAUAACAUAUUAGAUAAUAAAUAUACAGAAAAUGGGAGACUUCUUUCCAGUAAUUCUUCAAAAGAUCAACACAGAAAAAGAAACUUGAAAAUUAUGAUGUGGCUUUAAAUAACUUUUGUUUCUGUUGUGAAAACACAUACAUAAAUUUCUAGAGGAAAAUGAAAAAUCUUUAAUCCUUAAAAUGUAUUACCUCAUAUGGACAUUGACAAAAAAAAAGAAGAAAAAACUCCAUUAGCAACAGGAAAAAAAUGAUCAAAUUCACAAACAAAUCAGUGCAUAUACAAUAUCAAAUAAUGCAGAGAAUAACUCUCAGACACACUUUUAAAAGUAACAGAUAAAACCACACAGUUUAAAACUAAAGGGACGUACAACAAAACUACAACAUGUUAUGACACAGAAUGGGAAUAAUUCUGCAAGGAACACUAUUUGUUUGGGUUUGUGCCAUUAUCACACACACCCACGAACACACGCACACACACACGCGCACACAUUUUUGUAGAUUAAAUACAUGAUCUGAGCUGAUCAAAAAAUAAGAUCUUGUAUUUUGUGCAAGGGUGUUAUUUUUAAUUGUUAAAACAUGCCGACUGCAUGGGUGAUGCAUGCAUGCACAAUACGCACCAAUCCGCAUCUCCGGUGGACCCAAUGCCACACAUGCAUGUGCAGAUUUUUGUUUCAUUGAUGUGACGCAUUUGCCUCCAAGUGGUCACAUUGACUAUAUAGGUGAGACCACACUGGAACUUCUUUCUUUUAAGCCCUGAUGAAGACCAGCAGUUUGCAAAACAUGUUGGCUUUUUUCAUGUUCAGGCUUUUUUAAAUACUUUUUUAUAUUAUAGCCAUGACUGUACAAAACUGUGAUUCAGCCAUUGUGUAAUGUGUAUAUAGUUUGUUAUGUCGUACCUUCCUAUUGGCCCUAAGAUAAUGUGCAAUUUACUUUCAGCCAAUCACAGAGACCCUUUUUUAGUAUCAGUGUUCCUUAGCAGUUGCUGUUCCUUUCUUGAGUACAAUGAUUCAGAGAUUCUGUUAAUAUGUGGACUUACUCAUUUCCUUAUGUUAGAAUUUGCAUGUUCCAGUUUAGUUAUUGUACCUAAAAGUGUGUGUUCUUGACACACAAACCACAGGCACAUACAUAAGUACCUGUAUGCACCUAUAGACUGUACCUAUUUUUGAAUGUGCAAUAAACAGUAAAACAAGA